CCAAAAAACAGUGAUGGCCAGCCAAUACUGACUGAUCAUACCUGGCACAUUGUUGAAAGGUUCAAUCAAUUUCUUGAAACGUUUCAUGACUGUACUCUUCUGUUAUCUCAAGUAUAUUAUCCAACAGCUAAUUUAAUUUUGCAUAAUAUUCUUGAAAUUGCCACUUUGUUGAAAGAGUAUGAAAAUGAUGACCUUUUAAUGCCCGUUGUCUUUAAUAUGAAACAAAAAUAUCUUAAAUAUUGGAAAGACAUCCCCAUGUUGUAUUCUUUUGCAUUUAUUCUUGAUCCUAGGGGAAAAUUACGGGGAUUCCUCGAUAUUCUUUCACUUAUUGGAGAUAUUAUUAAUGUUGAUUAUUCUACCUAUUAUGCUGAUGUCAAAACUAAAUUCUAUGAGGUAUUUCGAAAGUAUGAAUUAAAGUUUCAGGGAGAUCGCUUGCAAAGACCCCCACCUGUCCCUGCAGCAGGUAAGAAAAAAUUACAGUGGAGCAGAAUUUGGGGUGGUUCAUCUUCUAGCCAUGGUGGUGGUACCAGUUCAUCAGCAGCAAGUGGGGACGCUAGAUCGCAUGGUCCUGCCGAAGAGUUGUCCAACUAUUUGGAUAGCGAUGCCAUCAGGCAUGAAACGUCAGACUUCAACGUACUCGGGUGGUGGAAUGAUCAUAAGAUGUCAUAUCCUGUGCUAUCAAAACUAGCACGGGAUGUGUUGACGGUGCCCGUAUCUUCGGUAUCCUCCGAAUCAGCCUUCAGUCUAUGCGGAAGAAUUAUCGAGGAUAGGAGAACAAGUCUGAGCAGCGAUCAUGUGGAAAUACUAUUAAGCGUCAAAGACUGGGAACUUGCUGCAGAACAUGCCCAAUACACUGCUGACAACCAAGAAUUGGCCGCACAGUUCGAAAACCUUUAUUUAGAUGAUGAACAAUUAGGGUAGCUAGUUUAUAUUUUUUAAGUAUUGACCUGUUAGCUGUACUCUUUUCUUUGUCAUGGUUUUCUCAAAUAUGAGUUUUUACAUGACAAAGUUUUUAACGAGGCAGCAUGUAUCAUGUAAACAUCAAUAAAGGUCAUUACUCUUUUUUCCCCA